CGAUGGCGGACUUACAGGUGGAUUUUUAUUCAAAAGCGUACGAAAUAAACACGGUCAUCACCAUUAGAGGCGGCCCAAACAACACACGAGAACGAGAGCAGCCUGUGAUGGACGAAAUCAACGGCAACGAAAGCGAGACAUUCACGUUGGAGGAAUUUCGUAAGAUCAUUUUGGACUUCAGAAAAUGCGAAAAAGACUUCAUAUUGGCUCGUGUGACAACCCCCGAUCCGUAUAGACAGGACGUGUUAUACAACUACUACUACAUUGCAAGUGAGGUCAACAAAGUCCUUUUCAAGUACGAGAGUAACAGGCGGUUGCUCCACCGCAUGAAAGUGCGCAAUCCGCUGAACAACAUGUACAUUAUCGGGCAGGUGUACUACUACCACAUCACAAAGGAAGAAGUGGAUCGUGCACUAGUGGACUGCUUCUUUCGUAACAAGCGAUUGCGCAGCAAGGAGGGCCGCCGCGCCUUCUCAGCAGUGUUCAGAUCUGUACAAAACCCUGCACCGAGCGAUACGUUUCUUGCCACAUCAAAAGACACAGACUUUCCACGACAGCAACAAUGCAAAGAAGAGGACGUCAAACCGGCCAAAGACAUAAUAGAAGAUGUGCGAAAAGGAAAGUUACGGGUCCCUGAACACGACGUAACGCCUCUUCUUGUGAAUUACAACGCUUACUUCUUUGCCACAGACGAUGAUUUUUUGCUUAAAAACGAUACCAGAGAUUACUUCAAGAUGAACUCCAUCGAUCCGAGUGAGGACUUCCUGUUUGAACUUGACCGCACCGAAAAUGAUCUGUUUGCAAUUCUCGAGACGCCGAGUAGCAGCGAAAAUGACGAGGCACUGAGCUGGAAAAGAAUGCUAACGUUUCAUCUUAGUCUGUUGCUUACUCUCGUCGGUGUUGUACUGCUACUAGGAUCGUUUCCUGUCGUGCUGAUUAUUGCUUUUCCGCUUGUUGUUAUCGUGUUUUUAUCGUUUCUAUGUUCGCUGGUUUAUAUUUUGUGCAUACGGCGGAACAGUUUUGAUUCGUUGGCAGUGAGAAGCGUUGAAGAGAUGUAAUUAUUAUAUAGAUAAAUGAACUGUGU